AUGGCAUUCUUCACUCUUCCAAUUCCAUUCUCUGAAUAUUCUGCUCCAGUCGACGAGAAUGCCGCUGAGAAGAAAAAGAUCUUCGAUUUGGCAACAUUGCUUCGAGAGGAAGUUUCCCGAUUCCUCGAGCAACAAGUUGAUGUUCAAGAAGACCGCGAGAAUCCAACUCGUCCACGUCUUCCAAUCUUCUUCGUGAAAGGAUUCAACGCUCUCAAAGCGAAAGAAGCAGCUCUAAACAACUACAAAUGUCCAUAUCUCAACGUGCUUCCGUACACCAUUCAAAUGCAGCUUCUGACCGAGUUCGGACCGUCAGACGAUUACCCAAAAUUGGACGAGAAGGGGUUUUUCAUCGAGACUCCGAAGCCAGUAAUGGAAGAAAUCGAACAAUUGGAGGAGGAUCUUAUCGAUUUCGUCACGAAUCACUACAUUUGCACUGGCGAUAUGUGCCAUCUCCCUUCAUCUCUGUAUCCAACAAUGAAGGAUAUUGCCAACAAGUUAUUGACUACUGAGGACGAGGAGGCAGAGGACAGAAUGUUCUCACUCGACGCUAAUGUUGAAGAUGAGAUUCUUGAAAGAACCGGAGAACUUUUGGAGGAUAAUUGUAUCAUUCGAAUGCUUAAAAGAUGUUUCAACCUUUAG